AUGGCUUCUGCUGCUGUUGCUUCGCCAAAAGACAACCCCUGGGAGACCGCCGACUUCCCUGAAAGCGGCACAGACCUCGUUACCAAGGUCCACCGCAAGUCGUACGAAGCAAUCUCACCAUCUCGUCCUGAACUAUCUCAAGCUGGCAAUACCAUUCUCGUCGCUGGUGCGUCUACCGGUAUUGGUUACACUAUUGCUGAAUCCUUUGCUGCCGCUUCAGCACAACGUGUUAUCAUUACCGGCCGUCGCCGAGAUGUCUUGGAUGAAGCUGCUGAUAAGAUAAAGGCCAAAUACCCUAGAGUUGAGGUUGUCCCCAUCAUCAAUGACUUUGCAGACGAGGCUGCUACUCACGGGCUCUGGAAAACGCUUGCAGAGGAUGGCAUCUUUGUUGACGUUCUUGUUUUGAACGCUGCUAAGAUGUGGCUACCAAAUACUCUGCUCGGUCUCGGUUUCGACACCUUCAAGGAUGGACUGAAAGUCAAUGUCGCUGCACCAUAUCUCUGGACCAGCCUAUUUCACAAGCAGAGAGAGGUGAACCCUGAUCGAAAGCUGGUCAGUUAUUUCAAUUCCCUAAUAACUGUCAAAAAGAAGCUAACACUCUUGAAGGCACUUAUUAGUCUUUCUACAGGUGCUAUCCACGCUACCCAAGUGGCUAUUCCCAUCCCUCUGUACUCUCUUACCAAGAGCGCCUACACCAUGAUGAUGAACGAAAUUGCCAUGACUGUCCCCGCUCAUGAGAUGCAAGUCCUUGCAUUUGACCCAGGCCUUCACUACACCGAGUCUUUUGCACGAUUUGCCGAUGAGAACAGUCUUCAAUGGGACGACAUCAAAUUACCUGGUGAUUUUGCCGUUUGGGCAGCAUCUGAGGAAGCUGAGUUCCUUCAUGGUCGUUUCGUGUGGGCUAAAUGGGAUGUCAACGAACUCAAGGGCGUGCCACUUCGUACGAAGAUUGAACAAAACCCUUCUUUGUUCCGGGUUGGCGUCAGUGGUUUCUAG